UAUUGCAAAGAACAGCCACGCCUAGGCUACUAAACCUUAGGCGUGGCUGGCUUGCUGUACUACUAUACUGCACAAUGGGUUGUGGACUAUCUAGAAGACCAAGGACAAAUGUCAGGGCUUCGUUGGUAGAGGGAGACCAUACAGCAAGUAAUAAUGCUAAAGAGGAAACUGCUUGUUCGAUAAUCUUACCGUAUGAGACUGAUCCACAGGAGAGCUCUUUUCCAACUCAUUUCUUGCCAGAUCCUGUUUUAUCAAAUCACCAGAAAAACUGUCAAAUAGUGUUUGACUCGCUCCAACCUUUAAAGAAGGGGCUUGAAAAGAGAAGGCACACCGAGAGUUUGAUGAGGAGAUGGAAAGAGAGUGGGGUCUUGAAUAGAGUCCACGAUUAUGUGGAUGCCAUCACAAAAGCUAACCCAACACUAGAAGAAAUAUCAGACUUGCUAACAAAAGACUCUACCCCCUAUCUCAGAGGUAUAGAGAAGGGCCAAUCGACAGACUUAUUAAAAGCAUAUGCCAUAUAUUACUGGAUAGCAAAUAACAUAGAGUAUAAUGUAAAUGAGUGGAACAGCAUGAUAUCAACAGGGUUGUAUCCAGACGUAAACCCAAGGCAUGUUUUUAAGAGACGUUCCUCAGUAUGCAGUGGAUAUGCUAAUCUUUAUGAAUUGCUAGCAGGUCAGGCUGGGCUCAAGGUGACAAUAAUCAAUGGACACUUUAAGAGAGCUAUAACAAAGAAAGGACAGAGUGAUUUCUUCAGCCCUGGAAAUAACAAUAGUCAUGCAUGGAAUGCAGUACAGUUAGGGUCAGUUUGGUAUCUCCUUGAUUGCACUUAUGGUGCUGGGGUCAUUGACAGCAGCAGUUUUACCAAAAUGUACAACUGUCUCUACUUUGCUAUUUCACCAGAGAAGCUUAUUCUUAGUCACUGGCCUGAUUCUGACAAGUGGCAGCUACUUGAAGCUAGGCUGGCUUUACAAGAUUACAGAUCAUUGAUAGUAAUGACGCCAGACUCACUUCAAUUGGGUGUUCACAUGCCUGCAUGUGAAGUCCUCCAUAUCACUAGACAUGAAAUCCCUAUUGCAGUCCUCAGUCUCAAAACACCUAAGCACUUUGCUGUGAUAGUAACUUUAAAACCAUGGGAUUGUUCAUCUUCCUCUCAUGACAUUAAUCCUGACAAUGAGCAAUACAGUGCAAAUAUUUUUAUAAAUAAUAAAGAGGAUGGUGAUUGUAAGGAUGUCUAUAUUGCUUUGCCAAAACCUGGUAAUUUUACUUGCCAAAUUUUUGUUGAAGAUCUGUCUUCCUCUAACACUAGAACUUUAACAUUUCUGACAUCUUACUUGAUAAGUUGUGAAGCAGACCCGCCUGAUAGCAUUGGAUUUCCCCAAAUAUUGCACAAAGUAGCUUUUAGCAUUAAUUUUCAAUUGCUUUGCUGGACUGGUCAUCAGGAUAAUGGGAAAUCAUACAUAGCUGAAUGUACUACUGGACAAAUGACCCUUCAAUUCAAGCUUAAUUCUAACGUUUCCCUCUCUCAUUUUAUAUCACCUGGAGCUUUCACUGCUGAGCAAGCUCCAUCUACAGAGCAAUGCUAUCAUUUCUAUACUUCAUUGAGUCAAGAUAAUAAAGAUCCUUCAUUGAAUGUACUUGAUGUAGUUUUCCCAUUACAAGGACUCUGGACAAUAUGUCUCAUGCUUAAAGGUGAAGAAUUUGAAGAGUGCUUAAGUGAACCAGUAAUGCUAUACACUGUUAAUGUUAUUGGCAAGGCAAGCACUGGGACUUAUCCUUGGAUACAAUCUCCAGGUUUAUCCAUACAUCACUCUGGGACACUCAGUGCUUUAGGGAAUGAUAUAUUUAAUUUGACAUUCUCUGUCGAAGAUGAAAUGGAGUUUUAUUCUGUUUUGAUUGGUACCUCGUCACUCUCUCCUACAUUUCAUCAGUUCACGUGCAUAGAAAAGGAGGAGAGAAGACUGGAGGAUGAAGGUAGAGAAAUAAGAUACACUUACAAACUAAUGGUUGUUUUCCCUGAACCUGGCAAGUGGAAGGUCUGUGUGUUUUAUAGAGGACUCAACUCACUUGAAUCAACUGUCUACAGCAACCUUUUCAGUCUCUUUUUAGAUGUUGAAUCCUGCUUCCCUAAUACUAUAUUUCCCUCAAUAAACAAACCAGUAUCAACCCUAUUGGGUCUUAGUAUCACUGAUACCAACCCUUUGCAGUACAGGCACUCUAUCUUCAAGACACAAGUAUCAACUUCAUUGCAGCAUAAGCUAUGUUUUGAUAUUUCACUCACUCCUCCCAACUCACCAGGUUUUCAAAUACCAAGCAAGUAUUGUGCUUCACUGUUUCCUAGUGAAAAAGAUGGAGUAUAUAAUCUUGAGGCAAUCCUUCCUGAAACAGGUACAUGGGCUAUUGGUCUUAGUGCUAGUAAAGUAGAGGAUGAAUUGAGUAACAUGAAGCAAGUGUUCCUGUUUGAACUAUUAAUCAAGGAAGCAGCAAUACUACCCAUCCACUACCUAUAUCCUAAGCUUUAUCCUGCUUUCUAUAGCUCUGAUGCAAGAAUACCAGCCAAAGAUAUCCCAUAUCAAUACGUGAUAGAGGAAAAGUUUGUAACACAUUUGAUAUACAGAAGGAAACCAAGUUUUAACAUGGUUGUUUUUCAAGAGAGAUGCCCAAUGAAUAAGCUCAGUUCUCAAGCUCUUAUUUAUCCUAAUAAGGACAGCAGUGAUGAAUAUGUCAUUGAAGCUGUAUUUCCAGAAAAAGGCAACUGGAUAGUUCAAUUGUUUGGUGACUCAAUCACUGACUAUGAUCCUAUAAUUGAGUUUUUUGUUUUGGUAAAAGCUCCUAAAAUAAACCUUACUUAUCCCUGGAUUCACACAGACUUUUUUAAUGUCUACAAAAUGGACUUUCAUCCAUCGGGAGAUUACCUUUUACCGGAGAAAGUGAAAGGAACUACGGGCCAGCUUUCUUUAAGUAUCACCUGCCCAGAUGAUGUUCACAUUCUUCAUCAAGCCAGGAAUGAAAAUGAUAUCAUUGUUGAUGGAGUUACAUGUCUACUUAGAACCAAAAAGCACAAUGUAUUUUGUAUACUAGCAAACUUCACAUCACCAGGACAUUGGUCGAUUCUUCUUCAUGCAUCCAGGACACCAUCAUUGAAUAAUUGGGACCUAGUCCUUCAGCAUGAUGUCAUUGCUUGCUAGACAAAAGCUUUAGUACCA